GCUAAGUUGCAACCGUGUAACUUGCAACAAGGUUGGCAUUCGGACUUUGGACUGCCUCGUUCACGGGUACAUCAGGGGUCCGGAUUGGCAACUCGGUGUGUGACUCGGUCCCUGCACCGCAACUUAACCUAACCCCAGCACCGCUAGCUCUUGGCCUUCAGCAUGCAGGGCAAGCUGCAGCAGCCAGCCAAGGCGGCCGCAGUGCGGGCGGCGGCACCUGGCAGCUGCCUCGUAACGCUUGCGAUCCUGGCGCAACAGCCGCAGCAGCAUGGGCGGAAUUUUCUCGUAGACCGUGCGCUGCUGUGGCACGCGUCGCCGGUGCUGCGCGGGCUCAUGGAGGACGUGGCGGGCGGCAACGCCACCCUACCGCUGGUGGGCGACGACCCGGCGGACUGGCGGGCGGCCCUGAGCAUACUGCAGCACACCGGCAUGCCCGUGUCGUGGGACAACGUGGGCGCGCUGCUGCGGCUGGCCGACAAGUACGACAUGGACGCCGUCCGGUCUGCCUGCGCAGUGUUCCUGGGCAGCAAGGCCAGCGCGGCGGCGGUGGACCUGUCCCAUCCCCUGGAGAGCGCCCGCAACCUGCUGCACGCCGCAUCGCUGGUGGAGAGGUACCUUGGCGGCGGCGGCAGCAACAGUGGGGGCGGGGGCGGCGGCAGUAGCAGCGGGGGCGGGAGCGGCGGCAGCACAAUGCAGCAUGACCUGCAGCCGUACACCGCAGUGAUGCCAUCGGCGCUGCAGGCGGCGCUGCAGCCGCUACACAACCAGCUGGAGAAAUCUUCCAGCGUGCACUACAACAGCUACCCCUACCACAAAGGUUACGGUGCUAGCCAGGCUCAGCCAGGCAGCGCCAGAGCCGUCAUCAGCGCCCUGCAGACCCUGCAGGCGAACCCACGCUACAACGACAUUGUGGCCCCCGGCGUGCAGGGUCAGGUAGUGGCGGCGCUGCUGGCAUGCCUGGACCAGCUGUUUCAGAAGUACAACUUUCCGUAGUUGAAACCCACAGGUGGAACGCGACGCACGGUGGGGGCAGCGUUCACGUGUGGUCGCACGUUGCGGUUGGCGGGCGUUGUUAUUUGCCGCAUGCAUUGCAUCCGGAAAUGCAUACGCAUGAGAAGGAAGGGGCUGGCGUGCCCUCUCACAACGUUCCAUGCAUGCUGUGCCUGCUCCCUCGCAAUCUGGCCGUGCUGCUGUGUAGCAACAGUGACAGUUAUUUGUACUGGAACGUGGUUUUGAGGCAUGCUGCUGCAUGCGCUUUGGGCAUGCAUGCGCUUUGGGAAAGUGGGUGCUCUUCGAGCGGUUGAAAUGAUUGAAGUAAGG